UUAAAAAAUAACUAAUUGUUGAUCACAAAAAAAAGUAAUUUUUCAGGAGAAAGAUGAGAGAGAAAACCUUUGUUUGAUCGCUAAACACUUUUUAGGAUUAGGGGGUUAGAGGGUUAGGAAAACACUCCAAAGGAACACCCAUUUCCCCGAUGAAAGUCUUUUUUUUUCCCCCCAGGAAGGAAACUCCUCUCCCUGUCCUGAAAGCCCUGUGGUUUAUGACCCACCCAUCCCCCCGACCUUCUCACUACAGGACCAACCGUGUUGUUAUACAUCACCCGUCAAUGUGCAAACAGCAAAACAUACAAACAAACUACAGUGUUUUACUUCUCGUAGCUAUAUGAACGGAUGGUUUCAUGAGAACAGGCUGAGAUGUGAGAUACAUCAACUGAUGGUGAAUGAUCCUGCUGUUAAUAAUUCACCUGGUGACAGGUGAGGGGAAAGGACAGAAGAUUUUGACAUUGCUGAACAGAGCUGAGACACCAUUACAGGGUGAGAGAUCUCUGCUGGAAAACACACGACGGGAAGAUUUGAAGCAGUCAAGAGAAGGGACAGGAACUCGGUGAGUCUUGUUUUUGAGAGACAUUUAGAUACAAAGACAGAUGGCUGAGAAAACUGAUCUUUUUGAAAGUUUCCUGAACUGCCAUGUGUGUUCAGAGACUUUCAGAGAUCCUGUGUCUCUGAGCUGCCACCACAGCUUCUGUUCAAGCUGCCUGCACACAUUCUGGGAACAAGCUAACAACAAAAACUGUCCCAUUUGUAAAAGAAAAUCAUCAAAAGAUGACCCAGCAGUGAACUUUCCAUUAAAGGAACUGGCUGACAACUUUGCUGGGAGACAGAAAUCUGGAUCAUCUGAGACAGAAAAAGGAAAGAAGAAGGUGGAGGUGGUGUGUGAUAAACAUCCAGAAGUCCCUUAUUUGUUCUGUAAGGAUGAAGAUAGAGCUGUGUGUCCUGUCUGUGAGUUUUCUCUCCACCACGGUCACACGGUGGUUCCUGUAGAACAAGCAGUCAGAGAUCUGAAGGAGCAGCUGAAAUCUGACUUACAGUCUCUGCAGGACAAGAGAGACAAACACAGACGAGUGGAGGAAACAUACGAUGAAAUAAAUCAACACUCCAAGAAGCAGCUGCUGUCUACAGAGAGUCAGAUCAGAGCUGAGUUCAACAAGCUGCACCAGUUCCUGAAAGAGGAAGAGGAGUCCAGACUGGCAGCUCUGAGGGAGGAAGAGCAGCAGAGGGGGAAGACUGUCAGCAGAGAGAUGAAGAGGAUUCAGGAGCAGAUCUCCUCUCUGUCAGACAGCAUCUCUGCUGUGGAAGCAGACCUGCAGAAAGACAGCGUGGCGUUCCUCAGCAGUUAUAAAGCCUCUCAGAGCAGAGCCAGAGUCCAGUGCUCGCUGUCAGAUCCACAGCUGCUCUCAGGAGCACUGACAGAUGUGGCCAAACAUCUGGGCAACCUGUCCUUCAGAGUCUGGGAGAAGAUGAAGGACAAGGUCCACUUUUGUCCCGUCAUUCUGGACCCAAACACUGCAAACCCCCUUCUCUGUCUGUCUGAUGAUCUGACCAGUGUGAGACGUGGAGACACAAAGCAGAAGCUUCCAGACAAUCCAGAGAGACACAGCAGGUAUCCAGAGGUUCUGGGCUCUGAGGGUUUCAGCUCAGGGAAACACAGCUGGGAGGUGGAGGUGGGAGAUCAUCCUGACUGGCUUGUGGGUUUAGCCAAAGAGUCAGCUGACAGGAAGGGAGAAAGAUAUGCUUCACCAGAAUAUGGAAACUGGUGUUUAUUAAAUCGCAGUGGAAAAUACACUGAUGGAUCUGGUAAGAGAGUCACAGUGAAGAAGAGUCUCCAGAGGAUCAGAGUCCAGCUGGACUAUGAGGGGGGGGAGGUGUCCUUCUACAACUCUGAAGACAAGACUCACAUCUACACUCUCAGAGACACUUUCACUGAGAAACUCUUCCCUUAUUUCAAUAUCGGAUCGGCUGGUGAUGCUAAAACUGCAGAAAUCAAAAUCUGUCCAGCUGAGAUUUCUCUGUGAGGUUAAGAUGGGCUGAUGAUGAUGAUGUCAUUUAUACUAUAUUGUCUAUUUUGUUGAAUGAUCUGGAAUAUUGUUGUGU